UUGUGUAACUUUACUAACUUUGCCGUGCGCAUUCAUAGAGCGAAUAGCGUUUCUCUACUUUGAAAACCUCCCUCUGCUUCUGCGUUACAGAAUGGAAGUGGGAAGGUUACCAAUCUCAGCAUCUCUGAGAGGCAAACUGAUAUCAGCAGGCUACACCACUUUCGCUUCCCUCUCAUCUCUCUCCCCCUCCGACCUUGCUCGAGAUCUGAAAAUUCCAGAGAGUGAAGCUCUUGAAAUCCUGAAGGCUGCAUCACUCGAUUGUGGGUUGGACAAACCAGAUAAAAGUAAUGUUAUUGUCAAUGGUGCACAAACUGCUUGGGAAAUGCUCCAUGAAGAGCAGUCAUUUCCACGCAUCAUUACUUCUUCUUCUGAUCUAGAUAACAUCCUCGGUGGGGGAAUUAAUUGCAAAGAAGUUACUGAAAUUGGUGGGCUACCGGGAAUUGGUAAAACACAGAUGGGGAUUCAACUUGCUGUGAAUGUGCAAAUUCCAGUUGAUUUGGGUGGCCUAGGUGGAAAGGCAGUAUAUGUCGAUACAGAAGGCAGCUUUAUGGUGGAACGGGCGCUACAAAUUGCUAAAGCUUCCAUUGUGGAAAUGUCAAAUUAUACUGAGCUUUUGAAGAAGAAAAAUCGAGUUUGCCAAGUUGAUAUUCAGCCGACUGAUAUCUUGGACAACAUAUUUUAUUUCCGCAUCUGCACUUAUACAGAGCAAAUUGCCCUGAUAAAUUACUUAGACAAAUUCAUCUUGGAGCAUAAAGAUGUUAAGAUUGUGAUUGUUGAUAGUGUUACUUUUCACUUCCGCCAAGAUUUUGAGGACUUGGCUCUCAGGACUCGGUUACUUGGUGGAAUGGCCUUAAAGUUGAUGAACCUUGCAAAGAAAUAUAAUCUGGCAGUUGUCAUAUUCAAUCAAGCAACCACAAAGUAUGUUGAAGGUUCAUUCCAAUUAAGUCUUGCACUCGGGGAUAGCUGGUCGCAUUGUUGCACCAAUCGAGUCAUAUUGCAUUGGAAUGGUGAUGAACGAAAUGCAUACCUAGACAAGUCACCUUCUCUCCGAUCAGCAUCAGCUCCAUUUUCUGUGACCAGUGAAGGAAUUAGGAACUCUGCUUCAAACCAUAAGCGGAUCAAAUUAAUGUGAGAUUUCAAAUUGGACGAGGUUUGUUCAUUCGUUUGUGUUUUUCGUUCUUCUUUGAGUAAAAUGGUCAUUACUUAAUUUAUUCCGACAGUUAUUAGAGAUGAGAUAAGAGACGGUUAUUAGAGAUGAGAUAAGAGAGGGGGGAAAGGGUACUAUUUCAUCUGUUUUUCUCUGGAUCACCAUUUUGUACGAAAACAUGAGUGAGAAUAGAAACUGUAAAAUGAUGGUACCAUAACUGCAAAUGAUUGUAAAAGGAACAAUAUCGCUUUUCAUGAAACACUGAAAUCUAUAUUGCCGUAUGGCCCCCAAACGCGGAAGGUUCUUGAG